AUGGCAGAUACAGAUUUCGACGCCCUGGAGCGUUUUCUCCAGGGCCUUUCCUCUGGGGCUGCCGACAACCCAGCCGAGGUUGAGCUGCCCCUACCUGAUCACCCAACCUACCGCGCUCGGCACUACCUCAUCUGUCCGGUCCCCAACGGCACCGAGGCUGCACUCGGUUACGAGCUAACUCGCCACCUGGGAGCAGUGGGGUUCGUACAUAUUGCUGGAGGUUGCGCCCGCGUCGUGUUCGAGAAACCUCAAGGAAACCGGGCGCUCCAGUUCUUCCGCUCCGCAGCGAUCGAUGGAGUGCGCCUCUUCGCAUGGCCCCUCCCACUAUUUCCUGUCCAGGCGUUUCCUAAGCACGGCGACCGCUCUUCUAGCCCAGAAGCUGCAAAUUUCAUCUCUAGGCUCGUCCAACUCACCAAGCCACCUAGGGAGGGAGCAGGUACAGUAGACUAUUCCUUCCGCGACAUCCCUCUCAAGUGCCCCUCAACCCCGAACGUCCCACUUAAACAAUUCCCGAGUCAUCCGGACCCCCUAUCCACGCGCUUCAGCCUCGGUCCGGGGACACCCCUCCAGCACACUCGCAACGUCAGGAGGUUCCUGUUCUACCCCGUCCCCGACGGCAUCAUGGUGGCGGACUUGCGUGCAUCCCUCGCAUUCCGCCUCGGACCGGUGGAGAGAAUCUGCGUAAUCGACUGGCUGGCAGAUGUGCACUUCUCUGCUCAGCUUGAACACGAGGCUUUGCGCUACAGUGUACCUAUCGGCCCCACCGGCGCCCUCUGCCAGUCGAAUGCAUUGGUACUGUAG